UCAGAGCUUGACUAAAACCUCAGGAAGAGGUGAUGGGUGUGAAGCUGAACACAAUACUAAAUCUAUAUUUAAAUUUUCCAGAGCCUAUACUUCCAUCGUUAUUUAAAUGCCAUGAUCAAAGCAAUAGAUAGACUAAAUAUGGAGGGAAAGGAGGGAGAGAGAAACUGAAGAAGGAAGGGAGAGGGAGGGAGAGAAAGAGAUCGAAGAGAGGCUUGGGAAAAUGUUCAGUGGAAAAUCUGUAGAAAUGAUGUAAGAGAAAGCAAAGGCAGGGAUUGGAGUAAGGGGUGUAUAACUGAGACUAUAAAAACUCAGAGAGAAAACUCACCACCAGGGCUGAGUUUUGGAGAAACUGCAGAGACAGUACUCUAAAGUUAGAAUCUCCUGAUCUUUCACAAGAUGCUGGACUGGAGAUUGGCAAGUGCACAUUUCAUCCUGGCUGUGACACUGACACUGUGGAGCUCAGGAAAAGUCCUCUCAGUAGAUGUUACAACAACAGAGGCCUUUGAUUCUGGAGUCAUAGAUGUGCAGUCAACACCCACAGUCAGGGAAGAGAAAUCAGCCACUGACCUGACAGCAAAACUCUUGCUUCUUGAUGAAUUGGUGUCCCUAGAAAAUGAUGUGAUUGAGACAAAGAAGAAAAGGAGUUUCUCUGGUUUUGGGUCUCCCCUUGACAGACUCUCAGCUGGCUCUGUAGAUCACAAAGGUAAACAGAGGAAAGUAGUAGAUCAUCCAAAAAGGGGAUUUGGUAUCCCCGUGGAUCGGAUUGGUAGAAACCGGCUUUCAAAUUCCAGAGGCUAAUUGAUUCCAAUUAUGCAACUUCCUUGGGUGAAAUGUCACAGCAAUAUGGAAGAUGCUUCACUGAAGUUAUUCACACUUCUUAAUGAUUAAACUUUUAAGGAACUGACCUUCUGCAAAUCCUUUCCAAAGCUUGAACUUCAGUCCAUCACAUUACAGCAUUGUUACAGCUUCAAUUAAAUUGUGUAAAUCAUUUUGAUGCACGUACAUUUUAAAAUUAUAUAUUUUAAUUAUUCAAGAAUGGUUAACUUCCCCUUAAACCUUACUUUUAAAAAUAAUAAUUAAAUACACAAUACAGUGAAAUGCCUUCUGUAUGGAUUUACCAUGCACAUGUUUGUAGUCAAGGAAUAAUAACAAAAGACAGAUUUGCUUCUGUAAAAUUUAGUUAUAAUCUGUCCAUUAUUGGGGAAUGAGGAAAGGCAAUGCUGUGUAUUUUCGGCUGAGUGCUUUCACUUCCCUGUAUUCCAUUUUUCCAAGAGUCUGAUCGGUAAUAAUUAUGAAAUUAGGCUUCUCUUUUCAUAUUCAAGUUUCAGUCAUGUUCAGAAAAAUAAAACACAGCCCCAAUGAGCCUAUGGACUUAGAAUUAAGAAAGUGAAGGACAUUACUCAUUUGUCAAACUUAGAUAUCACUUGUCCCCUAAAAACUUUCCCUUUUUCUAAAUUCUGAUAGUUAAGAGCAGUAGUGUCUCAUUAGGAGGGGAGUAAGCUCACACAGAGGGAAAAAUGAAAGUAGGAGGGAAGUCAAAGAAUUACCACCAGAAUAGGUUAGGACCAGCUAAGCACACAUCAUUUUAGCUCAGUACACUUCAGCAUAGCACAAUGUGAUCUUUGUGAUAUCUUGGAUUAAUCUAAGAAACUGUUUACCGUGUUUCAUAUAUUGGCUUAUUUGGCUUCAAUUGUCUUAUUAUCCUUAAUAAGCCAAUUGAAGAGCAUAAUGAUUUUGGGAAUGAUUUCUUAAAAAUCAUUCAGAUUAUUUUUGAAUGACUUAUUAAAACAUAAGUUUUCGUAUUGUAGAAAACUCAGUUCUCAGUAAUAACAAUGAUGUUACUGUAGCUUGGACACAUAGGUCCAUUGUGCAUUGGAUAUACUUUGAAAACACACAAAAAAACUUUCUAUGGAACAGAGAUUCAUCAUAAGUUACUUAGCAGAAGUUUAUAAAGCAUCUGAAAAACACUUCCUCUGUAAACCCUAAAAAUCACUGUCUGAUACGUGGGAGGGAAAAAGUUUUGGCCAGUAGAGCAAAGGCUUAUUUCAGCAUAAAAAGAGAGUGUUGUGAGUUGUGAGAAGGUGUCUUAAUUUUAAAGGAAGAGGAGAGAAAUGGGCAAUUGCUAAUCUUAACUAAAAAUUAAUGGACUUGUAUGAUCCAAAGAAUAAAAUAAACUCAAAGAAACAUAACAAAAAUACAUUAGAAAAAGAGUUAAACUAAGAAAUUGACCUUUAUAAAGGACUAAUUUUUCAGUUAUCCAAUGUGCUUUUUAAAGAUAAAGUUUAAAAGAGGCAAAAAGAGGUGAAAGAAAUGAACAUGUGUACUUAGAAUAUAUAUAUUGGUUUUGUAUGUAACUUCUUAGUUUUUCUGGAUAUUUUUCAAAUUGAAAGUCUUCAAAAUUAAUUUAGGAAAAAUAGUAAAUAAUUUUUUUUCAUUGUAGUAGAGGGCUGUAGCCAAGAGAAGUGAAUUUUGGGAAAUCUAACCGAUUCUUUUUUUCAUAAACUUGUGUUAGAAAGCUAGCAAUAGCACAUAGGGAAGUAUCCUGGAGGACUCAUGAGUUGAAAGAAUUAUUUAAGAAGUCGUGAUAUCCUUGUCUGCCUUUCCCCAACCUUGUGAUGAACUAUAGAAAUGUUUCCUAUUGCUUAGAAGCUCUUUCUUUCUUUGUAUUCACAUUUGGAUAUUUGUAAGCUUCUAAUCCAACUGGGUUCUGCUUCGUGCUGUGACAAAAGGUAUUAAAACCUACUUUAGCCUAAAACUUUCUCAUGGUAAAUAUUGGAAGUUGGAUUAUGCAAAUUGAUUUCCUCCAUUCUUUAUUUUUUAAUUCAAAAUUAGACUAUGACAUCCAACUUAAUUAAAAUAAGAAGUCACAAUAUAGUGAUUUAUGCUAUAGUUUCAUGUGUAAUGUGUUUUCUCCUAAUAUAAUAUACACACAAUUUCCAUGAAGGGAAGAAAAUGUUUUCUCCACUUAUAACUCUAUUUUAUUUCAUAUUUUAAUUUUUACCACUACUUCAUUCAGAGUAGAAAAUAAGCCAGCAAUAUACUAAAUAAUGGGGCUAUUCUUUUAACAUAGCAGUAAAUUAAGACAGAAUUUUUGUUAAGAAUAUGACAAGUCAUCUCACUUAUUUAUCCAACGCAUUAGGUAUUACUAAUCCAACUAUAUUUCAACUUGAAGGGACUUUUUUGUUUUGUUUCAAAAUAAUGCAUUACUUUUUUCUCUUUGCUUCUGUAUGAAGCUUUAUAGAGCAAAUGAAUAUAUGUACAUGGAGUUCUGGGUUCUAGUGUCAAUUACAUAAUCAAAUUUCAUAAAAGGAUGUUAGUUCCUGGCUAUGUUGUCCUAAAAUUUACACACACUAAAAAAUGUCUGUCAAGUUGUACCUUUAAUCUGUUCAUAGCUUUAGGGAAUUAAGUUUCUUAAACCAAAUUAUGAAAAAAUAACUUAAUGGAAUCUUCUAAAAGGAAAAAGUAUAAAAAGCUUUCUGAAUGAUAUUACCCCUUACACCUAAAGGCUCAAGAUGCUUGAAUAUGGUUCAACUUUUCCAAAGUUAAUAAACAUGGGAUGAUGAAA